AUGGAUGCAAUUCGGCAAGCAUGCAUCACCAUCAAUGACUGGAUGGGUGCAUCUACGUUUGGACGUAUCUUCCGGCUUCAAGGCUCUGGACAUGACAAGGAAAUUCCGAAUACGAGAUUCUUGACGGAAAUUCGUGCGGGCGUUACUACCUUCUUCACGAUGGCCUAUAUCAUUGCAGUCAAUGCCUCCGUCUUGACCGAUUCUGGAGGAACAUGUGUCUGCAAUGAUACAAAGGACCCUACUUGUUCCGCAGACCCUGCCUACAAUGCCUGUCUCCUUGACUUAAAUCGGGACCUCAUUACUGCCACUGCUGCGAUUGCAGGGUUCAGCUCGUUUCUGUUUGGUUUUCUGACCAACAUGCCAGUCUGCCUCGCUCCUGGAAUGGGCCUCAAUGCCUACUUCGCGUACCAAGUUGUCGGUUUCCAUGGCACCGGCGGCGUCUCAUACCGGCUUGCUCUUACCGCUGUUUUCAUUGAAGGCUUCAUUUUCAUAUUCCUCUCUUUGAUUGGAAUGAGGCAGUGGUUGGUGAAGAUGAUCCCGAGUUCCAUAAAAAUCGCCAGCGGUUGCGGUAUCGGCCUGUUCCUCGCUGAGAUUGGACUCACUUACUCUGCUGGUAUUGGUGCGAUCACCGGAGGAACAGCUACACCUUUGAACAUCGCCGGAUGCCCACCGGAAUACUUGGACGACAAUGGGUUCUGUACAAGUCACGAGAUGACCAGUCCUACAAUGUGGAUUGGUAUCUUCUGUGGAGGCAUUGUAACUUCUUACCUCAUGUCUUACAAGGUGAAAAGUGCCAUCCUCGUCGGUAUCGCCCUAGUUUCCAUCAUGUCCUGGCCACGAACCACAUCGUUCACUUACUUUGAUUAUACCGAAGCUGGAGACUCUCGCUUCAACUUCUUCAAAAAGGUCGUUGCAUUCAGACCAAUCCACUCAACCCUCAACGCGAUGGACUGGGAUAUCACCGUGGCACCCACUCAUUUCGCCCUAGCUCUUUUUACAUUUCUUUACGUCGAUAUCAUCGACUGUACCGCCACUCUCUACAGCAUGGCCCGCUUCUCCGGUGUCGUCGACACGGAGACCGGAGACUUCCCUCGGUCGACUCUGGCAUAUUGCACCGACGCUUUCUGUAUCUCGGUCGGCGCGCUAUUUGGCUGCUCUCCUGUCACCGCUUUUAUUGAGUCUGGCGCUGGUAUUGCUGAGGGCGGUAAAACUGGCUUGACCGCCAUGACAUGCGGCUUUUGCUUCUUGGUCUCUAUGUUUUUCGCCCCUAUUUUCGCUUCUAUCCCUCCGUGGGCUACUGGUUGCACAUUGAUAUUGGUCGGCUGCCUAAUGAUCCGCCAAAUCGUCAAUAUCAACUGGCGCUACAUUGGCGACGCCAUCCCCGCCUUCGUCACCGUGAUGUUCAUUCCCUUCGGCUACUCCACCGCUUACGGCCUGAUCGCGGGGAUAAUGGUCUACACCGCCCUCAACGGCCCUAUCUACCUCACCAAGCUCAUCUCCCGCGGCCACAUCGUGCCUGAUGAUGAAGAUCACCGCGAGUACUGGACGGUGAGACCACAAGGUAAACUCCCUUGGUUUAUAUCCGCCGCUCAAAACGUGUCCGGCCGCUUCGGUCACAAUGAAGUUCACGAUCCGUCGUCGGCGUCGCUAGGGAGCGGCAACUCGCAGGAGAAGUUUGGGAGUCAGUACGAGACGUCGCAUGAUGGUGUUGAGGCUAUUGUUAUUGAGAUGAAUCCGCCUGGUAAGAGGUAGACUAUAGCAAACAGAUUGAAGGUUUACGGGGAUGGUGAUAGGAGUAUUUCAGGAGUAAUGGGUUGGGGGAGUUCAAGGCUUAAUCGUGAAAGAUAUUGGGGUUGAAGAUAUAAAUCGCUGUCAUUGUAAGUCUGUAUAGAGUUGUACAGUACGUGGUAGCGGUCAAAGGUCAGUGGGUAGAGAUAAGCGCAGUCAGGUUUUAAGUAGGACACAGUACUCAGACUUUCCCCAGAACACUGCCUCCAACUAUCUUCCGUUGAUUCUUCUCCAACCGUCAUGUAGCUUUGUAACGCCAAUACAACCAUGUUCAG